CAUUUCGGAUUUCCCUCAGGAAUCGAUUUCCAGAGACUUCUUUCUCAUUUCUAGCUCAUCACCGCCCCAGGCGACGUCGCCAUCGCCGGACGGCCGCCUCCCGGGAAGCCCCUUGUUCAAUUCUGUUUCGUGGCCGUGAAGAUUGAAGUGGCCGGAACUCGCUUGAAGCUCUUCUACCGGUCUUCAUUUUAACCAACGGCGACGAUCAUGAGAGCUCCCUUAGUUGAUCAGACUGCCGACAGCGACUUAGCUUGGCUUCAUUGAUGAGCCUGGAGUCUGGGUGUCUUGAUCCCAAAUCAUAGCUUUGAAACUCAUGUAGUGUUUUGAGUAUAAUCUGGUGGUUCUUGAUCUGUAAGAGGAAAUGGUCAAGAAGGACAAAUAUCAGUGAAUGAAAGAAAACAAGAAUAAUGUACCUCGUGCCAGAACUUCUUGUUACCUUGUGCUUCCAAACCGUCGUCAACCUCCAAGUCCAUCGUGAAAAUCUACCUCUGCAAUCUCUGCGACGAAACCUCACGAUCUAAUUUCGUUCGAUGGAAAGCUUACCGGGCCGGGCCUAAUUUGGGCCCAAACUGAUCAUAGCUUUGAACCCAGUCAAGUUAGGCCCAGAACAACACCGAUCCAAGCGUCUCUUCCAGUUGGUGGCUUUACUACUGCGAGCACUGCGGGAUCUGCAGGUCCAGGAAGUCCCUCGUCGCUUCUCACAUCCAGUCGCGCCACGAGGAUGAUGUGGAAGCGGCAAUGGCUCAGGGUGUCGAGGGGAAGAAGGGAGCGAAGGCUAAUAAUACCAGCGAAGAAUGCGGCGCCACUUUUAAGAAACCCGCGUACUUGAGGCAGCAUAUGCAGGGCCAUUCGCUCGAGGAUAAAGUAUGUUGGCUCAUCUGAUUAUGAUAUGAUAAUGGCGUGAAGCAUUGGAUCCCAUCGAAAAGAACUCCAAAAUGCAAGAAGCUGCAAUCUUGUAUCUUGAUUGGACUAGUAUCAGGUCGGGGGACCACCUGAGAAGAUCCAUCAAGUCAACCUCAGUCACGCAUGUUCUAUCUUGAGACGCCUUUCAAGUGUUCUGUAGAGGAUUGCUCUGCCAGCUAUAGAAGAAUAGACCAUUUGGCUUGUCACUUUCUUCAGCAUAAAGGCAAGAUUUUCAGCUGUCUUGUUGAUGGUUGCGAUAAGUCAUUUGCAUAUCAAGGGAACAUGAAGAGGCACUUGAAUGAAAUUCACAAUGAUGAGGAACCAUCGACGUCUGGUGAAUGUAAGAGUCUGAAGCAGCAUGUUUGUCCGGAGGUUGGGUGUGGAAAGGUUUUCAAGUUUGCAUCGAAGUUGCGAAAGCAUGAGGAUUCUCAUGUCAAACUAGAGACUGUGGAGGCUUUCUGUUGUGAGUGCAUGAAAUACUUCAGCAAUGUUGAUUGUCUGAAGGACCACAUGCGGUCGGCUCACCAAUUAGUCAAUUGCGACAUAUGUGGGACUAAGCAGUUGAGGAAGAAUAUCCAACAGCAUCUCCUCAUGCAUGAGAAUUCAGAAGCAUUCAGAUGUGAAGUCGAGGGUUGUCUCCGCAUUUUUUCAACAAAAUCAAAUUUACGUCAGCAUGUGAAGGCUGUUCAUCUUGGGGUGAGGCCAUUUGUUUGCGGCCGUAAGGAUUGUGGCAAGAAGUUUGCAUAUAAGCACGUGAGAGACCAUCAUGGGAAAACUGGUUGCCAUGUUUACACUUCAAUGAGCCCCAUUCUCUCGUUCUCUCAAAUAUUGAAAUCCAAUUUUACUGCUGUUGAAAUCUGGCUUUUUACCACAUUAGAGUUGGAUGAUUCUCAUUCCUAGCAAUUUGGCUCCUUGGGUUCAGGGUGAUUUUGAGGAGUUAGAUGAGCAAUUUCAAUCUAGGCCCAGAGGCGGAAGAAAGAGGAAAUGUCCAAUGAUCGAGUCCCUACUGCGAAAAAGAGUUACCCUACCCAACGAGCUAGAUUUCCUUUAGGAUUAGUGGCCGGAGUCUCUCGGUAGCACUUGGCAGCAGCUGAGGGUUAUGUAUAGGAGCUGUGGUUUUUGGCUUUAUAGGCUGAGCAAAGGUGACAAAUUCACUCAUCAUCCUCCUGUUGCCUGUUUGUAGUUAGUAGAUAGAGCUUGCUAUUGUUUUGUGUAUGGAGAUAAGAGAGCGAGUUAAUAAUCCUUAGCAAAAGAUGCUUGUGAUGGGCUACUGUCAGCUGUAAAUCAUGCAAAUGCAAUAGUAAAAUUCAAUUGAACCAUUGGUCUCA